AUGUUUUCAAAUCUCGAUCUCAGUCUUGUACGAUCACCGUAUCAUACAGAUAAAGCCGAUAUCAAAACGGUUAGCGCAUCAGUAGAUGGCCAUGGUAAUCGGGUAACGCCACUACAAUCGGCCGCCAAUUCAUCGAAGGCUCUACCAGUCCAUAAUGGCCUGCCUAAAUUGAAUGACCAAUCAUCACAAUUUGAAACCGCCAAUAAAUCAAUGAAUACCGAAAAGUUGUCGAUACUCAAUGUUGAGCAGGAGGAGCCGUUAGACUUAUCAUGGCCAGAAACUCCACUGAAGCGUUUCAUUUUCGUUCUACUAGCACCGAUCACAUUUCCAUUAUCCUUUACACUUCCGGAUGUUCGAAACCCGGCGAGGCGUUCGUUGUUUGCGAUCACGUUCAUCGGAUCGGUGCUGUGGAUUGCGUUGUUCUCCUACUUAAUGGUUUGGUGGGCAAACACCAUCGGUGAGACGUUCACUAUUUCAACCGAGAUUAUGGGAUUAACAAUCCUAGCAGCAGGAACCAGUAUUCCAGAUCUGAUCACAAGCGUGAUCGUCGCUAGAAAAGGUCUGGGUGAUAUGGCUGUGUCAAGCUCAAUCGGUAGUAAUCUCUUCGACAUCUGUGUAGGACUUCCGAUUCCCUGGCUGCUUUUCUUCAUAGUCGCACUGUUUUGGAAAACCAAUGAUGCUUUUCCAUCAGUUGCGGUGAUCUCGAAUGGUCUUAUCUGCAGUGUUGGGAUAUUGUUCAUAAUGCUCGUCUUUCUGGUUCUCGCCGUAGCACUAUCCCGAUGGCGAAUGGACAAAAAAUUCGGUUUGGCGAUGAUCAUCUCCUACGUUGCUUUUUGCGCCUUCAGCAUCUUUUUGGAAACUAAUGCGAUCGUCUGUCCAUUGCGAAUAUCGUCAGCUCUUUGUUAG